AUGUGGACGGUGAGACAGGUGGGACAGGUGGUUGAUGGGUAUUUUCCCUGCAGGGAGGAGGAGCCUCUAUUCCAAGCAAUCCGUGUUGGUGAUUCAAGCAGAGUGAAAGCGCUGACAAUGCAUGGAACAAACCUGAUGCUGCCGAGUAAACCGGGCUGGCUCGCCACCCACCAGGCGGCACUUUAUGGUCAGGACACCUGUCUGAGGGUACUGCUGUCAGCUCAGCUGGGGAUGCUCAACAAACAAACCAUGCGUGGUGAGACGGCGCUGAUGGUCGCCAUCGGCAAAGAGCGGCUGAAGUGUGUUCAGAUACUGCUGGAAAAGGGAGCGGACCCCAACAUCCCGAACAACGAAAAAGAGACGCCACUCUACAAAGCCUGUGAGAGGAACAGCGCUGCGAUGGUGGCGAUGUUGUUGAACCACGGUGCUGUGGUGAACACUCGCUGUAUUCUGGGCUGGACGGCCCUGCAGGAGGCAGCGAAUCGAAACAACGUGGAGAUCUGUGAGAUGCUGCUGAAGGCUGGAGCCAAACACGAACUCACCAACGUGUACGGCAUCUCGCCAAUGUUUACCGCCGCUCAGACCGGGCAGAUCGCCACUCUGCGCUGCCUCCUCAAACACGGUGCAGACAUUAACAGUCAGGCUGCUGACGGAGCCACCGCUCUGUAUGAAGCUGCUAAAAAUGGACACGGACAAAUCGUGGAGCUUCUCCUCUCUCAGAACGCUGAUGCCAACAAACCUGGAAAGACGGGGUUGUUACCGAUUCACAUCGCCGCCCAGAGAGGAAGUGAGAGUAUUGUCUCCAUGUUGAUACCAGCCACCAGUAAGGCCAGAGUCCGGCGGUCUGGCAUCAGCCCGCUCCACCAGGCCGCUGAACGUAACCGUGACGAUGUCCUGGAGCUUUUGAUCAAGGCAGGCUUCGAUGUUAAUGCUCAGCUGUCUGAGGAUCGAUGUAAGCUGUACCAGGACCGCCGCAGCACGGCGCUCUUCUUCUCCGUCAUCAACAAUAACAUCGACGCUGUGCACAUGCUGCUGAAGGCCGGCGCCAACCCAAACCUGGACAUGUUUAGGCCGCUGAUGGUGGCGGCGAGGCAGGGCUGCAUCCAGACCGUCACCAUGCUAGUGGAGCAUGGCGCCGACAUCAACGCCUCCAUCCCCACACACCCCACCACGUUCCCCGCUGUCUACAUGUUCUCCAUGAAGUACCUGUCCAUGUUCAAGUACCUGCUGGACCACGGAGGCCACGCCCUCCCCUGCUUCAACUGUCUCUACGGCAACGGACCUCAUCCACCAAUCAAAACCACUCGAUCAGACAGAGACUUCAAUGAAGCCGACAGAGUCCCCCAGCAGAGCAGAGGAGUUCAGUUCUGUGAGAUGAUCUCGGCCCCUAGUAUCUGUCGGUGGGCGGGGCCAAUCAUCGACGUCCUGUUGGACUACGUUGGUAACGUGACUCUUUGCUCCAGACUGAUGGAACACCUGGACAGUUACUCUGGCUGGAGCGUCAUCAAGGACAAAGCAGAACCUCCGCGGUCACUGUUGCAGCUCUGCCGGCUGCAGAUUCUGCAGCUGGUUGGACCUCACCGUCUGAAGAGGUUGCCGCUGCCUGGAAGUCUGAUCCGCUUCCUGCAGCACCAGGAGAGACCUGACGAGGAGGACUGAAGGAAAUCCUGAUGUUUACUCUUCACUCAGAUGACUGAUGGAGGGUAUUGAUUAGUAUUAAUUAGUACUGAUUACUUGGGACAUUUAACAUGAUGAAAACAUGAAGAGACUGAGCGACUCCACACUGUUUCUUUUAAGAUGUUUCAGGAAGUAGUCUGUGACGCUUUUCUUGUCAUGAGUAGAUCCAGGAAUUCUACAACACAUCCACGUGUUUCCACGUGUUUCCAGGAGGCUUCAGUUCCCUCUUUAAUGGUGUAACUUUGAACAUAUAAGUUUUUGUCAUUACGCAUCAUCACGUUGUUUAUCUGCAGUUUAAUUGUUUAUUUUAGGUGUAAAGAUGUGAUAAAGCUGUAAAAUAGAUUCUUUGCUACAAACUAAUAAAAUCUUA